AUGUUUUCCACGGUCAUGAUUGACGUGGCCAACGAAUUUGGAGUUCCGACCUAUGUGUUCUACACCUCCGCCACCGCCGCGCUGGGCUUCCACCUGCAUAUGCAGAGAAUCACCACCGACGAUUUAAGAGGGUGCGAGAGGGAUCUCAAUAUCCCAACUUACGCCAAGCCUUUCCCCCCCAGCUCGAUCCCCUAUGCUCUGCUAGACAAACACGGUUUCGCAAUGUUCCUCGCCAUAUCCAAACUCAUCAGUGCGACAAAGGGUGUUAUUGUGAACACCUUUCUUGAACUUGAAUCCCACCCAAUCAAGACCAUCUCCCACGACCCAAACUCCCCACCUCUAUACCCCGUCGGACCUAUACUAAAUUUGGCCGGCGCCGGUCAAAGUAGCCAACAGAUUUUGGAAUGGCUAGACGACCAGCCGGAAGGUUCAGUAGUGUUCCUUUUUUUCGGGAUACUGGCGCUGCAAAACUCUCACGCUGAACCGGCUGAACCGGGUUAUACCAUCCUUGAAUUCGGACCAGAAUACAAAAGACGAUUUUGUCCCUCAAAUUAUAGACUAAAUGAAGGAUUAAGUUUUUCCAGCGAAAUUUGA